UUGCAGUAGUCUGCCAUCCAGAAGAAGAGAUUGAGAGGCAGGCGAGGGAAAAAUCAUGGAGGAUCUUUUAAGCUAGUUCUCAAACUAUCCAUGGUAAAUGAUUAAAAAAAAAUUCCAGCCACAGACUAACAUGUGAUCCAGCUGCACAUGACUCAUUGCAUGCAGCCUGUGCUCCGUGAUCAUCACCAUGCACGUUUGGCAACCUCACAGCCGGACUCUUCCCCUCUUGAAUGAAACUACCGAUCGUAUGCCUGAAUGUUAUCCCAAUGUCAAAUUGCUAUGAAAAUUUCCCAUUGUUGACUCUCAAUUUCUGUUUUUAUUGUUCUUAUCUUGAUGUAAACCAGGAACACACCGUUCACGGAUCUGUUGGCCACACUUUGAGUAGCACAUGCAAAGCACCUUGGAUUUUUCUUGAAGUGCAUUGGAAAGCACACAUGGGGAGGUGGGAAAGAGAAGACUCCAAGAUCACUUGUAGGGUUGUGGUGAUGCUGCUCUUUGUGGAGAUGGAGAAGACCAAAGGAGAACUCAUUUGGGAGGAGAGAGCAAAAGUUCUCAACUUGGGUGAGAAAUAUCUAAUCCUUCAAGUAGAGAGGGCCAGUAGGAAGUCAGAUAAUAUGAGUUUGGGGCUCACAACUGAGGUCAAAGUCAGAGUUGUAAUUUUGGAAAGUCAUGAUAGCCUGCAUUUAAGGCCUCAGACUAGCUGAGUUAUCUAGCAAGUGUGGAAAUGAAAGAAAAGAGAUCCUAGGACUUAGGCCUGGGGCAUUCUGACCUAAGAAUUAUUGACUCCAUCAGUUUUAACAUCCAAGAAAUUUUAUCUUAACAUUUAUGGAGCCCCAAGGCUUCACAAAAACCUGGAAUAACAUUCCCAAGUGUCACAAUGCUGGCAUGAAGUGGCAGUCAAUAAAUAUACAUGGAAUGAAUGAAUGAGCUCCAAAAUAAAGGUUUCAAAAACCCCUGAGAUUUUGCGAUUUUAGAACCCCAAGUUUCUUCCCACCCAUGAUGUGUUAGGUUGAAUGGUGACUUCCCCAAAAGAUAUGUCCAUGUCCCAGAACCUGUAAAUAUGACUUUAUUUGGAAAAAAGAGUCUUCUUUGCAGAUGUAAUUGAGUGAAGAAUCUUGAGAUGAGAUCAUCCUGGAUUAUCUGAGUGGGCUCUACAUCCAAUAAGUGUCCUUAUAAGAAGCAGACGUGGAGGAAAAACACAGACAGAUGGGGAGAAGGCCUUGGGGCUGUGGCAGACAUUGGAGCUGCAGUUUCAAGCCAAGGAUUGACAGCAGCUGCCAGAAGCUUGAAGAGGCAAUGAGAAUUCUAGCUUAGAGUCUCCAGGGAGAGUGCAACCGCCUGGCUGACACAUGCCAAUCCUUCCAACGCCUUCAUUUUAGACUUCUGGGCUUCAGAACAGUGAGAAAAUAGAUUUCUGUUGUUUUCAGUCAUCCCGUUUGUGGUCAUUUGUUACAGAAGCCUCAGGAAACUGUUACACAUGGUCUCUUUUAGCUGAUGCUGAUGCAAUAUUUCCUUUGGAGCUCUGCUGUAUUCUGAUUCAGUGAUUCUCAACUCUGGCUGCACAUUAGAGUUGCCUAGAUAUUUUCUGACAAAGGUUGGUUGGUAUCUGGAACAUCCUCAGAGAUUCUGAUUCAGUAGGGCUGUGGUACAGGCUGAUACUGGUGUAGAGCCAGACAUAAGAACUGCCAUUUAAUUAGUCACAACAACUUAACAUCAAGGGGUGGCACAGAGGUACAGGGGGUGGGAAUACCUGUGUAAUUGUUUUCACCUUAGGAAUUUGCUUUGAAACAUAACAAUAUGUGUCUUUACAUUCAAGUAUAUUCUUAGAAACUAGCUGAAGCCGUUUCGCAUCCUUGUGGCACUAAGUCCUGUUUCCACCGUGAAACAGGUACCAAGACAGUCCUGUUUCCACUGUGAAAAAAUAAACGGAUGUUCUGACAGGUGGCCACCGUUGCUGACCUGACCAUUCCCCAGAAGCACCAGGAGGCAUUGCUUUCUAGACUGAAGCUCGGUCGUGCUUCGCUUUAGUCUAAUCAAAAAGAUUUGCUUGCAAGCCUUCAUUCCAUAUGGUUCCAGUGCCUUCCAUACCAUCAGAUAAUGACAAUUGUGAGUUUCUGGUGGCAUGCUACUUCAUGUAAUUAAAAAUUGCUGCAUAGAUGUGCUGAAUAGGAGAAGAGUAAGUUAUUAUUUGGAGGGAAGAGGAUUCCCAGUUGUGGAACAAAGCAAUUCCUUGUACCCUGGUUCUAAAUAAAUGUUUCUUUAUUUUGGAAGUUGCAUGACCCCCUGUUGUGGUCUUUUUUGCACACAUGUCAGAAAGCAGCCAUGAGUGCAUUGUAGUUAGCAAUGUGAGCUUCUCUGUAAAGGGUCUUUGACGAAGAGCUCACGGCAUCUACUGACUCCCCAGGAUGUCUGAGGUCACAAGUUUGGCUGGAGCACGAGCCCAGAUAAAGAAGAUGGUUUUGCCCUCCUGAAACAAAGCCAGAAAUGAUCUCCUUUAUUGUGCACUUUGGGUCAUGUGCUAAUGAUGAGGGUUUCUCUAAUACUAAUCCCCCUAAUGAAGGCUUCUCCCAGCCCUUACACAAGCCCACAAGGCCCCGUGGCUUGGCAAGCCAGAGAGAAUAAAAGCAGCAUGGUGUUUGGCUUUUGAACUGAGUUCAAGGCAAUUAAAGUCAAGAGCUAAGGAGGGAGGGAGAGGGUUUAGAAAUACCAGAAUAAUAAGUAGUAUGACUGGGUGCUCUGUAAAUUAACUCAAUUAGACAAAGCCUGAUUUAACGGGGGAAGAUGGUGAGAAGCGCUACCCUCAUUAAAUUUGGUUGUUAGAGGCGCUUCUAAGGAAAUUAAAUCUGUUAGUUGUUUGAAUCACAUAAAAUUGUGUGUGCAUGUACACAUGUACACACAUAUAACCUCUGUGAUUCUCGUGGGUAUUUUUUUAAGAAGAGAGGAAUAGAAAGCAAAGAAAAAGAAGACAUACAGAAAAGAAAAAAGACUGAAAGAGUAGAAGAUAAGGAGAAAAGUGGGAUAGAUACACGGAAAGUAAGAGAGAGAAAGAGAGAGAGCUCUCCCAAUUAUAAAGCCAUGAGCCCCCUUUGGUGGGGGCUUCUGCUCAGUUGCUUGGACUGCAAAAUCCUGCCAGGAGCCCAGGCUCAGUUCCCCCGAGUCUGCAUGACGGUGGACAGCCUAGUGAACAAGGAGUGCUGCCCACGCCUGGGUGCAGAGUCGGCCAAUGUCUGUGGCUCUCAGCAAGGCCGGGGGCAGUGCACAGAGGUGCGAGCCGACACAAGGCCCUGGAGUGGUCCCUACACCCUACGAAACCAGGAUGACCGUGAGCAGUGGCCAAGAAAAUUCUUCCACCGGACCUGCAAGUGCACAGGAAACUUUGCCGGCUAUAAUUGUGGAGACUGCAAGUUUGGCUGGACCGGUCCCAACUGCGAGCGGAAGAAACCACCAGUGAUUCGGCAGAACAUCCAUUCCUUGAGUCCUCAGGAGAGAGAGCAGUUCUUGGGUGCCUUAGAUCUCGCGAAGAAGAGUGUACACCCCGACUACGUGAUCACCACACAACACUGGCUGGGCCUGCUUGGGCCCAAUGGAACCCAGCCGCAGUUUGCCAACUGCAGUGUUUAUGAUUUUUUUGUGUGGCUCCAUUAUUAUUCUGUUAGAGAUACAUUAUUAGGACCAGGACGCCCCUACAAGGCCAUAGAUUUCUCACAUCAAGGACCUGCGUUUGUUACCUGGCACCGGUACCAUUUGUUGUGUCUGGAAAGAGAUCUCCAGCGACUCAUUGGCAAUGAGUCUUUUGCUUUGCCCUACUGGAACUUUGCCACUGGGAGGAACGAGUGUGAUGUGUGUACAGACCAGCUGUUUGGGGCAGCAAGACCAGACGAUCCAACUCUGAUUAGUCGGAACUCAAGAUUCUCCAGCUGGGAAACUGUCUGUGAUAGCUUGGAUGACUACAACCACCGGGUCACCUUAUGCAAUGGAACCUAUGAAGGUUUGCUGAGAAGAAAUCAAAUGGGAAGACACAGCACGAAAUUGCCAACCUUAAAAGACAUACGAGAUUGCCUGUCUCUCCAGAAGUUUGACAAUCCUCCCUUCUUCCAGAACUCUACCUUCAGUUUCAGGAAUGCCUUGGAAGGGUUUGAUAAAGCAGAUGGGACUCUGGAUUCUCAAGUGAUGAGCCUUCAUAAUUUGGUUCAUUCCUUCCUGAACGGGACAAACGCUUUGCCACAUUCAGCCGCCAAUGAUCCCAUUUUUGUGGUUCUUCAUUCCUUUACUGACGCCAUCUUUGAUGAGUGGAUGAAAAGAUUUAAUCCUCCUGCAGAUGCCUGGCCUCAGGAGCUGGCCCCUAUUGGUCACAAUCGGAUGUACAACAUGGUUCCUUUCUUCCCUCCAGUGACUAAUGAAGAACUCUUUUUAACCGCAGACCAACUUGGCUACAGCUAUGCCAUCGAUCUGUCAGUUUCAGUUGAAGAAACUCCAGGUUGGCCCACAACCCUCUCGCUAGUCAUGGGAACGCUGGUGGCUUUAGUUGGUCUUUUUGUGCUGCUGGCUUUUCUUCAAUAUAGAAGACUUCGAAAAGGAUAUACACCCCUAAUGGAGACACAUUUAAGCAGCAAGAGAUACACGGAAGAAGCCUAGGGUGCUCGUGCCUUACCUAAGAGAAGAAGCUGGCCAAGCAAUAGUUCUGACCCUGACAAUAAAGGAACUAAUCCUCACUGUUCCUUCUUGAGUUGAAGAUCUUUGACAUAGGUUCUUCUAUAGUGAUGAUGAUCUCAUUCAGAAGAUGCUUAGCUGUAGUUUCCACUUUGCUUGCUUAACAAACCCAAACUAAAGUGCUUGAGGCUACCUCUACCUUCAAAUAAAGAUAGACCUGACAAUUUGUGAUAUCUAAUAAUAACCCCCCCCAUAUUGAUUAAGCCUCCUCCUUUUCUGAAAGCAUUUAAAAAAACAAAAUCCCAAAACAUUGAUCCAGGGGAGUCAUUUAAAUUUGCAGGUCAGUGCAAUGUGAGACCUGGGCAAGACCAUGCAUCGAUCUUUCUUAGCCCCAGUGUCUUUAUUGGUAAUGCCAUGGAGGUGGGAGGUGGUAGGUGCUAGAUGAAUCUCCAAGAUCCCUUUUAGCUAUAAACAUCUCUGCUUCUAGGCACCCUCCUGAUUAUCUUCCUUGGGCUUCUUUUUCUUCUUUUCUCUAUCUUUUUCCUCUCCAGCUUAGAAGAUGAGAAUAAGCCUUGUUUUCUUUACAGGAUGGAAAAUGACUAAAUGAAGGAUCAAUUCCGCUCUAUUGUGUAAAUUAGAUUUUACGGAUUUUACUUAAAAUCUGCAGUUUUAAACAGUAGACCUAUAUUACAGGAUUCAAUAGCUGGAUACACAUUGAUUCUAUAGUGAUAAAUAGAGAAGAUAAUAAAAUUAUAGAGUUUCCUGGUUAGUUGAUAUACUACUGUAAACCUAUUAACAAAUACAGAUUUACUCUUUCCAAGGAAGGCUGACUGAAGGCUGGUGAGGCUAUAAACCUGAACAUGAGACAAUUUGACUUGAGUCCCAUUACUCUGAGGUCUCUUUGGCUGAUCCUCAACCAAUUUCUUUACUAGGUAGCCUCAGAUGAAAAAUUAUUCCCACAUAAUGCACUGGGCUUAUUUUUAAGCAUUGAUGUUAGAUUCACUAAUGUUCCCGUAUACUCACAGUUACUUAUGAAUGCUGAUCAAUUAAGUCGUAUCAUUUGAAAGCAAACCAUCUGUACAAAACAUGGCAAUUCAGAAUUAAGUGGCUAUAUUCUGCUAUGCAAUCAUCAGAUCAUGAGAAAUAAGAAUUAGGUAAUCUUUACUACGAUGUUUUGACUUAUCAUGAUGGACCCCACUUCAGAGAAGUUAAUGGCUUUUGAGAUUUCCAGGCAACUUUCAUCUGCUCAUAUCUGGUUUCUGUGCAUCAGGAGUGAGACUGAAGUUCUAGGGCAUGGCUUGUCUGUCCAGGCCCCUCUCUACUGGAAUGAAUGUCUGUAAAGAAUGGGUGUUAAGAGGUCCCUGGAGCUGCCUUCAACAUAAGGGGUCCUAGAGGGUGCAAGACUCACCAAGAACCAGUUUACCCCACGCAAUAGGACUGCUAAAGCCAGAGAAAUGGACAAAACCCAGUUGGAACUGAAUUUGAAUCUCAUAAGGUUACAGGUGCAUCUGAGAGCAGGCUCAGUGGUGAAGAUCAAGAUAGCCCAGAGUCCUUCAUGGGGGUAAAGCCCUGCUUGGGCUUUUUAGCCUCAGCCACAUGCAUACCUCUCAGUUCCUGCCAUUAACAAUAUUCAUGGAAAAUACAGCACUGUGUCUUUCACAUGCUCCACUCUGGAAGGUUUAUGCUCUGAGCUCAGGAUAGUUGGGGAACACAUUUUUAAAUCUUGGUUUUAAGCAAAAAGAGAAAUUUAUUAAAAUGAAGAUAUAAUUGUGCAUGGUACAUAUAUUUCUGAAAAGUUAUGUAUAAAUCAAUUAUGUUAAAAGCACCAGGAGAAGUUACUUUUUAUAAGUGAACUAUUACGAAUAAUUUCAUUAAGCAAAUAACCACCUCUAGCUUAUCUGUCAGGUAUAUCAGAAUUCUCAUAUAUCAUAUUCUCAUAAGACUUGGUUAAAGCAGAUCUGUCUUAGGUAGGAAAAAAUAGUAAUCGAUUAUACUUAGCUACUUUUAUCUAUAGUGUGGGCAACUUUUUAUAACUGUUAUGUUUUAUAAUGUCUUCCUGAGAGAAUUUCCUAAUUUUAUAGUUCAUAUAAGAGAAAUACAAUUUUCUAGCAUUUUCUGACCUUACAAUAAAUCAAUUAUGAAUACAUUUUAACAAAUAUUAAGGUAGGCUAAACCAAUAGAAUAAAAAGUUGGUAUUUACUUACAUUGAAUAUCAUGCAAAUAAACUCAGAAAAUGUCACCAAAUACUGUGGGUUAUAUUUCUCAAUGAUAGGGGGAAGAAUUCAACCUUGAAGAAAAUGACCAGAUCACUUUACUGCUUAUAUCUUCAGUAUUAGAAAAACUGCAUGUAUGAUUUUAAUAGAAAUGCUUUUUAUAAAGCUAACAUUCAGAAAUGGGAUAAAAUGCAAUAACAUCUUUCCUUUGUGCAUUAAAUUCCCUUCUAAUUCUAAAAUUGACAUUUGUAUCUUGCUUAGGAUUUAACAUUGUUAAUUAUAAUACUUUUAAUGACUAGUUUUAAUCUCAUUAUUAAGUAGAAAACUUACUAAAAAGGAAACUAAAAAUAAAUGUUGUUUUGCAGAUUAU